AUGGCUAUUCGAGUUCAGAACAUGCCCAUGAAGAGUUUAGGACAAGAUUCAAUUUAUUCAACUCCCCAUCUCACUACAUUUUGGAAUCCGCAUGGUCAGCAGUUGUCUGAGGCAUUACCUAAAAAUUCAAGCUUGAGAGGGGGGUCUCCAUCUCAAUGUGGUCAAGAGGCAAAGCGCCUAGAUUUUAUUCUAGAAGACCAAAGCUCUCCCUCAACUCAGUCAAGUAGUCAGUCUCAACGAGGAGUGACUGCUUUUGGAAGGACAAAUUCUCAGGAUCAAUGUGUAUCAUCAGAAUCCGUUCAAAUUGAAAGCUACGGGAAACAUGUAGAUGAACAGGUGAAAUCUUCUUAUCUUAUGAGUAACCUAGAACUUUCAGUGCACUCACACCCGCAGCUUCACACGCUCCCUUCACAAGCUGAAGUUAUUCAAUCCUCGGGUCACGUUCCUUAUGGUUACUCUGAUCCCUACUUCAGUUUGUAUUCAGCUUAUGGGCCUCAAGCUAUCAUUCAGCCACAAAUGAUGGGUCUGGCACCUGGCCGGGUAUUGCUUCCUACUGAUCUUGCACAAGAAGGUCCAAUAUACGUGAAUGCAAAACAGUAUAACGGAAUCAUGCGACGGAGACAGAAACGUGCAAAGCUUGAGGCUCAGAACAAGCUUGUCAAAGCUAGAAAACCAUAUCUUCACGAGUCCCGACAUCAACAUGCACUGAAUCGGGUUAGAGGUUCUGGUGGAAGGUUCCUCAGCACAAAGAAGAACCAAUCUGAACCAACUCCCUCGACUGUGCCGGAUUCUGCUUCUGUCCAUUCUUAUAGAAAGCACAAUCGCAUGCAGGAGACAGGAACAGAAAGGUCAAAUGCUAAUAGGCAAGAUACUUCAACUGCUUCGAGCUUGGCUGCCACUGGAUACAUGCAUGGUGAAAUCAUCUUCCAGCAGCAACAAAGUAGCAGGACUCCGAAUGUCCCUCCUCAAAUGGUGGUUUCCGUGCCAGGUGGGGGAGAUUUUAUGCGUAACGGAAUGCCUCACGGUGCUCCGGCUUCUCGGUGA